UAUUUCAUGGGAUGAAAUGAAGAGCAAAAGUUCAUGCCAUAUCAUAUUAAUUUUCUUUUUAGAGUCAACGUCAAAAGAUCUGGCGUUAAAAAGUAUGGCUAUUUGAAGGAAGAUGGAGUGAUUGAAAAAAAGAAGGGAAAACCCUUCAACCACAAAUCUUUCUUUAAAGAUGUUGUGUUGGAUAACUAUGAUGUGAUCAAGCCAUUCGUAGGACGAAUCGGCUCAGAAUACCUGGAUCUCAAUUUGGCUCAGCCAGAAAAUCUGGAUGCAGCAUUUUCCUGCGAUCCUAGUGAUACUGGCAAUUCUAAGAUCAAAAAGGAUCCAAAUAAUUGUCAGGACUAAAUUGUCCGUAAUUUGAACUUUUUGGAGAUUUUAAACAAAAGCAUGAAAAAUGUGAAGUAAAAUUUGUGUGUGAUAUGAGCCCCGAUAAGGGUGGACUCUUUUUUUUUUGAAACUGAAAACUUUCCCGAUUAUGACAUAAGAACUGAGAGAUAUUUAAGGACUAUUGUGUGAUAUGAGCCCCUAAAAGGGUGGACUCUAUUUUUGAAACUGAAAACUUUCCCGGCUAUGUCAUAAAAAUGUAAAGAUAUUGAAGGACUGGUGACUACUGUGUGAUAUGAGCCCCUAAAAGGGUGGACUCUAUUUGUGUGAUAUGAGACCCUAAAAAGGUGGACUCUUUUUCUUCAAUACUGAAAACUUUCGCGAUUGUGACAUAAAAACUGAGAGAUAUUGAAGGAUUACUGACUAUUGUGUGAUAUGAGCCCCUAAAAGGGUGGACUCUUUAUUUGAACAUGAAAACUCUCCCAACAUUUGCGUAAAAAACUCUCAGAUUUUGAACAACUAUUUAUUAAUGU